UGGUGUGAAUUUAAAGACAGGUUUUCUCUAUGUUAAAGAGAGACUUGACAGAGAUGAGCUUUGUGAGCACAACCUAAAAUGUUUGAUAGCAUUAGAAGCUGUCGUCAAUUCACCACUUAAUAUAUAUCGGUUUGAAGUUAACGUAUUAGAUGUCAAUGAUAAUUAUCCUGUAUUUCGACAGAUAGAAACACAAAUAAAUGUUUCUGAAUCUUCUUUUUUUUUAGGGGAAAGAUUUGCUUUACCAAGUGCGCAUGAUGCAGAUGUGGGCAGUAACUCGGUAAAGAGCUACAAACUGAGCCAAAAUGAACAUUUCUCUCUAGAUGUACAGAGCGGAGAAGAGAGUGUAUCUGCAGAGUUAGUGCUGCAGAAAGCUUUAGACCGAGAAAAACAGUCUGUUAUCCAGCUUACACUGACAGCUGUUGACGGAGGAAAACCUCCUCGAUCUGGUUCCAUGACUAUAGUUAUAAAUGUGCUAGAUGUCAAUGACAAUAUUCCAGUUUUUAGUAAGUCACUUUAUAAAGCUCGAAUUAAUGAGAAUGCGUUUCCCGGUACAUCCGUAAUUACCGUGCAUGCCAGUGAUUUGGAUGAGGGUGUAAAUGGUGAAAUCGUUUAUGCAUUUGUUAACCAUGACAAUGACAAAAAUAUCAACGCAUUUUUAAUAAAUCCAGAAAACGGCGAGAUCGUUGUGAAUGGUAAUUUAGACUACGAAAAGAAAAACGCGGUCGAGCUUCGAGUGCAGGCGAAAGACAAAGGGCACAGUCCAAGAGCUGCGCUGUGUAAAGUUUUAGUAGAAAUCAUUGAUAUUAACGAUAAUAUACCUGAAAUUUCAGUGACGUCUUUAGUUAACCCUAUUAAGGAAGAUACGCCGGUUGACACAAUGGUUGGAAUGAUUACGGUGAUUGACAAUGAUGCUGGUAAAAACGGCCAAGUAAGCACGAAUAUUAUAGGAUCCGUCCCAUUUAAGAUACAAAAGUCGUAUAAAAAUUAUUAUACAUUGCUUGUAAAUGUACCGCUAGACAGAGAGAGCGCAUCUCAGUAUAACAUUACUAUUAUAGCAACUGAUGAAGGAAUCCCACCUCUUUCCAGUAGAACUAUUAUUACUGUACAUGUUUCUGAUGUAAAUGAUAACCCGCCACGCUUUCAAGAGCCCGUCAUUAAUGUUUAUGUGAAAGAGAACAGUCAGAUUGGAGCUGCUAUUCAUACAGUAUCUGCAUUUGAUCCUGAUGUUGGAGAUAAUGCAAGAAUAACUUAUUCAUUAGUAGAAAGCUCGAAAAGCACGCCAGGAUCUUCACUGGUGAACAUAAACUCUGACAGCGGAGAAAUCCACAGUUUACAAUCUUUUAACUAUGAGGAGCUGAACACAUUUCAGUUUAAAGUCCAGGCUAUAGACUCUGGUGUUCCUCCACUCAGCAGUAACGUAAGUGUGAACGUUUUUGUCCUGGAUGAGAAUGACAACAAUCCCGGGAUCCUUGCGCCUUAUUCUGAGCAAGGCUCCAUUAACACUGAGAAUAUCCCCUAUUCUGCUGAAGCGGGAUACUUUGUGGCCAAGAUCAGAGCUGUGGACGCCGAUUCUGGUUACAAUGCGCUGCUUUCUUAUCACAUCUCUGAACCCAAAGGAAACAACUUGUUCCGGAUCGGGAGCAGCAGCGGGGAGGUCAGGACUAAGAGGAGAAUGAGUGACAAUGACCUGAAAACUCACCCACUGGUCAUUUUGGUGUCUGAUAAUGGAGAGCCCUCACUGUCAGCCACUGUGUCUAUUGAUGUUGUAGUGGUUGAUAACACAGGCGACAUCCAGACUAAGUUUAAACAUAUUCCAGUAAAGGAGGAGAGCUUCUCGGAUUUAAAUCUGUAUCUGCUGAUCGCCAUCGUGUCGAUUUCAUUUAUCUUUUUACUGUGCCUCAUCAGUUUAAUAGCAGUAAAAUGCUACAGGACAGAAAGCAGUUUCAGCAGGUACAGCGCCCCAGUGAUCACCACACACCCUGAUGGGAGCUGGUCUUACUCCAAAUCUACUCAGCAGUACGACGUGUGUUUUAGCUCCGACACACUGAAGAGUGACGUAGUGGUUUUCCCUACUCCAUUUCCGCCUGCAGAUGCAGAACUAAUCAGUAUUAAUGGAGGAGACACUUUUAACAGAACACAAACACUCCCUAGUAAAGAGAAGGGAACACACACUGCUCACGCGCUUUUGUUCUGGUCAGCGCUCAUGGAGAUGUAG